CUUUCCCUCCAUAUGACCGUAGGGAGAAAACCGAAGGGAGCUCUUUUUUCCGGCAACUUUUUCGCCAUGGGAGCUAUCGCAUUUUCCUAUCUUCUCCUACUCUCCGCCGCCUCCUUCCUCACAACCGACGCCGGUUUCAUCGGAGUUAACUACGGCCGAGUGGCGAACGACCUACCUCCGGCGACAAAGGUAGUCGAACUGCUAAAAUCUCAUGGAAUAACGCAGGUAAAGCUGUACGACGCCGAUCCAGCCGUACUCAAAGCUCUCGCCGGCACCGGCAUACAAGCGGUGGUCACAUUACCCAACGAGCAGCUCGCCGCCGCGGCCUCUCGCCCCUCCUUCGCACUCUACUGGAUUCAACGCAACGUCGCCGCCUUCCACCCUUCCACCACCAUCCGCACCAUCGCCGUCGGCAAUGAAGUAUUUGUCGACCCGCACAACCUCACCUCCUUUCUCGUACCAGCCAUGAGAAACCUCCAGUCCGCUCUCGUUCGCCUCCACCUAGACAACGAUAUCAAACUCUCCUCCCCCAUAGCCCUCACCGCACUCCAAUCCUCCUACCCUUCUUCCGCCGGAUCCUUCCGCCCGGAACUCGCCGAAUCCGUCAUUCGCCCCAUGCUCGAUUUCCUCCGCCAAACCAACUCAUCUUUAAUGGUGAACGCUUACCCUUUCUUCGCCUACGAAGCUAAUUCCGACGUCAUCUCCCUCGACUACGCUCUAUUCCGCCCAAAUUCCGGCGUCGUAGAUUCUGGCAACGGGUUGAAGUACUUGAGUUUGUUUGACGCCCAAAUUGACGCCGUAUUUGCCGCAAUGUCGCUGCUCAAAUACGACGACGUGCCAAUAGUUGUAUCAGAAACAGGAUGGCCGUCGAAGGGCGAUUCCAAGGAGAUUGGAGCCGACGCUGCUAAUGCGGCGGCGUACAACGGAAAUCUCGUUCGUCGAGUUCUUACCGGCAAUGCCGGAACGCCGCUGCGUCCCAAGGCGGACAUGGGCGUUUACCUAUUUGCUCUGUUUAACGAGAACCAGAAACCAGGGCCGACCUCGGAGAGAAACUAUGGGUUGUUUUACCCGAAUGAAGAGAAGGUGUAUGACAUUGAGCUUUCGCUGAAUGAUGGAGGAUUGAGAUGGGAGGAGGAGAGGGGAAAGGGAAGCGGUGGAAGCGGUGGAAGCGGUGGGAGCGGUGGGAAUGGGUUGCCGGCGGAGGGGAAGACGGGGGAGAAAUGGUGUGUUUCCAAUGCAGCGGUGGGGAGGGAGAGGUUACAAGCAGCGCUUGAUUAUGCGUGCGGGGAAGGAGGUGCGGAUUGCCGUUCGAUUCAACCGGGAGCGGAAUGUUAUGAUCCGAACACUGUGGAAGCUCAUUCCAGUUACGCUUUUAACAGUUACUAUCAGAAAAGUGGAAGAGCUACAGAAUCUUGCGACUUCGCCGGAGCGGCCUACGUUGUCUCUCAGCCGCCGAAGGUGGGGAAAUGCUCACUGCCAUCUGGUGCUUAGAGGUCGCCGACGGCCGGUGGAGGUUGGCCGGAGAGGUUGGUGCUGCGCCACUACUCCCUUUAUAUUUCUCCCAAUAUAUAUUAUAUAUAUAUUCCGGGUAUUAAAUAUAAUAACAUUUUUUUUUAUAUUUAUAUAAUUAGGUAAAUAGUUAGUCGUGCGUUGGGAAUGAGACAGUGUCCUUAGUGUUGUCUCAUAGUUCGAUUUAAUAUAAAUUUUGUAGCUUUUUUAUUAGUUAAAUGUAGCCUCGUCUCUUAUGUACAUUUGGUAUGUUAUUUUUAAACUUACUUUCAUGAUCUAGUUUAUGUUGCAAAUUGA